AUGGCCAUGACUGCAAUGGAGCAGCACGCCGGUGCUCCCGGUGCUGCAUGCCGGAGCGCCACCCAGUGCUGCAAUGGAGCGCUGACAAUGAUCGAUGGCGGCUCUUGGAGCUGCGUUAUCCGGCCCGCGCUCGCGCCGUCCCGCUCAGGCCGUGGCCUCACCGCCCGGCGCUGCUCACUGCUCCACGCGUCGCCGCCUGCUGCAGCUCCGCCCGCGCCUGCCCACCUCCUCCUCUCAACGCUGGCGGCCGCCCUCACCCGGCUCCGUCGCCCCAUGGCCUCGUACCUCGCCGCGCCCCGCCUCCGCUCGCGGCCGAGCCACCGCGUCCGCCCGCGCGCCACUGGUCACGCCGGCGCCAUCACUUGCCGUCCCGCUCCGCCGUGGCCUCGUCGGCGCCGCGCCGGCGCCCGCUCCGCGUCCCCUCGAUUCGGGCGGUUACGCUCGCCCAGAUGCGCCCCUGCGCCCGCUAACCCGCAUCGGCCUCCUGGCCCUAUGACAGGAGGGCCCCACGACCAGAACAUCCGGCCCGCGCUCGCGCCGUCCCGCUCAGGCCGUGGCCUCACCGCCCGGCGCUGCUCACUGCUCCACGCGUCGCCGCCUGCUGCAGCUCCGCCCGCGCCUGCCCACCUCCUCCUCUCAACGCUGGCGGCCGCCCUCACCCGGCUCCGUCGCCCCAUGGCCUCGUACCUCGCCGCGCCCCGCCUCCGCUCGCCUCCGCCCGCGGCCGAGCCACCGCGUCCGCCCGCGCGCCACUGGUCGCGCCGGCGCCAUUACUUGUCGUCCCGCUCCGCCAUGGCCUCGUCGGCGCCACGCCGGCGCCCGCUCCGCGUCCCCUCGAUUCGGGCGGUUACGCUCGCCCAGAUGCGCCCCUGCGCCCGCUAA